ACGAGAUUCACCACCACCAAUGCACUCACUCCCAUAAGCCAGAAGAAGUAGGAGUCAGUCGUGAACUCAUACACGGCAAUAUUCGCAGGCAAGUCCUCCUGCCUUGCCCAUCCCACGAGCUCGACAGGGGCUGCGAAGUAUCUCGAUCUCUCUGUAUCUCUGUGUGUGCCCAUGAGUGGAAGUCUGCGCGUCGAUCGUCUGCAAUCCGACACACACAAGACAGACAGAGGGCGGGCCACAGGAGUGAGUGCACACGAAUAACACGUCCUACCAGAACGCUCACCGAUUGCUUACGUCGAUCGAGUGGGUAUGAGUGUGCCUUAUUUGUGCUCAGAACACGACCAGCCCACUGGUCGACGGCUGCACAAUCCCACCUGCACACAACACAACACAAUACACAACACAAUGCAAUGCAAUGGAAUGGAAUGGAAUGGAAUGCAUACCCACCCGUCUGGUUGGCCAUGUGCUGCAGAAACUCCUCCACCUUAGCCUACACAACAAGAAUACACUCCCAUACCCUCUUUGCUGUCGUGACAAGUCGCUCCCUCACCCACCCACCCUGUGUCCAUCUCCUCCACUGAUCUGCUCCGCAUCGGCCAUUUCCACAUCGGUCCCCGCUGCUGCCGCACUUGAGGUCCCUUCUCCCCCCGCACUGGUGUCGCCGGUGAAGCCGACGCCGACCGUGUACAGAGGACACUCCAUCUCCUGGCAGCAGAGUCCACCACAUGUUGCGGCUGCCUGGGUGGGGGGCUGGGCGUGUAGGGUACCUUCAUCCUGCCUAGGAGGAUUCUUGUGAUGCAAUUGUCCUCUUCAGCAAUGUCAUCGUCCUCUUCUCCAGCAGUGGUAUAUAUAUCGGUGUUGAGUGUGCAAAGGCCGUUGGUGUACAGGUAGAUCUGACACACAGCCAGCCAGACUUUGCGUGUCGUUGCUUUCUCUGCCUACCCCAGGUAGUAGUGCCCCUCGCCAACAGAUCACCCGCUGCAACACAACACAGCCCGGAAACACACGACCGUCUCCCUCCCUCCCUCCCUCCCUCCCUGACGGCUGGCUCCUCGUGGCGUGGACAUACCUAUGAACAGGGCGUCGAUUAAGUCGCUCUCGCCGUUCUCGCACUUCUGAUCCAACUCGAUGCUACCCUCACCCAACUCCCCCUUUCCCCCCCGCACACACACAGAGCACACAACACACGCACAUAUUGUCGUGUGGUUGUAUGUGUGUCGGUCCGUACGUACGCCUCUUUUGGUGGAUGUGAGAGUGGUGAUGUUGUGGUAGCCCUCACCCUCCGACUCGUCGUGCAUCGAGUUGCUCGUCCCUGAUGCGCAAGCCAGACAACACAUCAUUACACGCGAGCCGUGAACCCCAUGCAGACGACGGCCAGCUGCUGCUUGGGGUUCAGCAGCAGCUUGUGCUGCAGCCUGCAUGCUGCCAUCAACCAGCCGUCAGACUUGUGCACGGUGAUCGAGGCCGUGUGUGUGGAGCAUGUGUGAUGUACGUUAUUACCUGUGCGAGUGUGAAGUGUGUUCUGUUGGUGUCGUCUUGGUCGUUGAGUUUGGCCGCCAUGGUGCGGCCGCAGUCCAGGAUGAUCACCGCCGCCUCCUUGGUUGUCUCCUUGAUGCUCAGCUGCGUAUGUGUGUCAAGAGACCGCAUCCACCAACUGCAUGACCGCUUCCUGACACCCACAGCUAACCUGGGUCUGCAGACGUUUGCGCAGUGCAUCGAUCUCAUUGCGAAGCGCACCCAGGCCGUCAGCAGCCGUCAUCUGCACUGUACUCAACACAACACAACAACACAAUGCAGCUGGCAUCCGGCUGCUGCAUCACGGUCACCUCGCUGCAGCCGAUGCUCGAGUGGCCUCGCCUGACACACCAGCGCCAGCUGGCACACACACGCAGCCAAUUCAUGCCGCAGAUGUUGGCCGCCGUAUGCCACCCCCAAGUGAAGCGUGUGCAAGAACAGUGCAUGUGGUACCUUCACACAGCCCUUGAAUAGCACUGCAUGCUGCUCUGCGAUGAAACGAACAAUUCAG